AUGGACUCUGAAGAUUACUUCUCUGUAAAUGUCCGAUCUGUUGAUGGAUUUCAAGGGAGUGAGGAGGAUGUAAUUAUUAUAUCCACAGUGAGAUGUAAUGGUAGAGGGUCUGUUGGUUUUCUUUCAAAUCAUCAAAGAACAAAUGUGGCAUUAACUCGAGCCAGAUACUGCCUCUGGAUUUUGGGGAAUGGAUCAACCUUGCUAAAUAGUGGCUCUAUCUGGAGAGAUUUGAUUGUUGAUGCUAAGGAUCGUGGUUGUUUUCACAAUGUUAGUGAAGACAAAAACUUGGCUCAAGCUGCCAUGGGUGCUUUGAUUGAGCUUCGUCAACUUGAUAGCUUGUUCAAUAUGGAUUCAUUCCUUUUUAAUGACACUAAAUGGCAGGUAAAGUUUAAUGACACGUUUUUGGAGACAAUUGCAAGUUUUGGUGACGCUAAGAUUUGUAAGGAAGUAGUUGCUAUUCUGCUUAAGCUAUCUAGUGGCUGGCGAAAAGAUGGAAACAAUAAAGUGAAACUAGAAGGAACAAGUAUGCUUCUUGAGGUGUAUGAAGUAACACAAAACAUGUGUUUGAUUUGGGCUGUAGACAUUGUAGUAGAAAAUUCACUUUGCAUUCAGGUGAUAAAGAUUUGGGAUGUUUUGCCAGACACCAAGAUUGAACAAUUGGCAAAGAUGUUAGUGGAAAAGGUAUAUGGGAAUUAUACUGUAAACAUGAUGAACCGCUGCAAGGAAAAACGUGUUGAAGGGAACCUUACGCUUCCUGUUACAUGGCCUAUGAAUUCGGACACUGAUCAAAGCUGGUCCUUGACAAAUCAAUUAGCGGCAUUGAGCUUGAGGAACCAAUCCAAGUCAUCAUCAUCAAGAAGAGCUUCAAGUGUCUGGGAUGGUGAUACAAGAUCUCAUGGAAGAGGAAGUAGGUGGUGAAGGUGAAAGAAAUCUCUUGAUUCUCCUCAGGAAUUGAAUCUAAAGAAUGUGAUCAUUAUAUUGUCGCACUUUGGGUGAUGGAUAUGGUUUUUUUAGAAUCCUUGACAACACUUUUUUGCCGUAAAAGACGGGUUGGUUCAUUUUAUGUUGUUUGAAUGUAUGUUGAUAUUCUUGCAUUUAG